CAGAGAAAAGACACCAGUUUACACGUGUGUGUGUGUGUGUAUGAAAUACAGAAGGGAAUGAAAUCAUCCAAACUCUGAGAGAUGACUGAAGAGACUGCAACAUUCGAGGUGCAGUUUUAACUUUCCAUCAGCCUCAUGGUGGAUGGAGUCCUCAGAGAAGAUGUUUAACUGGGACGAGGAGUGGAACAUCUCUUUUGCAGGCUGUGGAUUCAGGAGCAUUUACUACCUGGGAGCUCUGAGCUGUAUCCUCGAGCGGGUGCCACAGCUGGUUCAUGGUGCUUCUAAAAUCUGUGGCGCUUCGUCUGGUUGUCUUGUUGCUGCAGCUCUGACUGUUGGGUUUCCCAUCGAACAGCUCUGUGCUGAUGUGUUGGCCGUGGCUAAAGAGGCCAGAAAACACACUCUGGGAGUUUUCCACCCAACCUUCAGUCUGCUGCGGACCGUAUGGGAAUCCCUGUUGGAGAAACUUCCGGAGAACGCCCACCUGCGGGCCUCUGGAAGGCUCUGUGUGUCUCUCACCAGAAUGGCUGAUGGGAGGAACGUUUUGGUGUCCGAGUUCGACAGCAGAGAGGAGCUCAUUCAGGUUCUCAUGUGCAGCUGCUUUUUCCCCGUUUACUGUGGCUUCAUCCCACCUUCAUACCGUGGAGUGCACUACAUGGAUGGAGCCCUGAGCAACAACAUGCCCCUGUUCGAGCAGAGAAACACCAUCACUAUGGCCCCGUUCUCGGGCGAAAGCGACAUCUGCCCCAGAGAGGGAACAUUCAACUUUCUCGAGGUGCACUACGGCAACGUCAGCAUCCAGGUCAACACCGGCAAUGUGCACCGCGUCUGUACGUCCUUCUUACCUCCUAGACUUGAGAAGCUGGCUGAGAUCUGUCACAAUGGCUACAUGGAUGCUCUUCGUUUCCUGAGAGAGAGAGAUCUGCUGGGGACACAGUGUCUUCCCCCCACUUUGGUGGCAGAGACAGCUGCAGUCAGACCUGCUUGUUGUGAGCUGGUAAAGGAAGUGGCUCAAGCCGAGUCCAAGAAGGCACUGAUGAAUGGACUAAAUCCUAGUCCAGAAGAGCACUGCUGGCUGGACCAGAAAGUCAUAGAGAACCUCCCAGUUGACAUCAAGAAAAUCCUGUGUGAGGCUUGCAGAGGGAGCCAUGAUAGUGUCAGUUGGUGGUCUCAGCUCAACAAAGUGUUUUUGUAUCUGCUGACCAUCCUCAUGCUGCCCAUCGAGCUGAUGUCCUUCCUCACCAAAAGCAACAGGUCCUCUCCUUCGAAUCUCAGAAACCAGACAGGAGAAGAGAAAAAAGUUAAACCUUUGACCUCAACAAUCGGCCCAGUUUCCAGCAACAAUCUACAUCAGGACGACAACGGUAAUGUGGAUCCUGUCUCUCUCACCUCGACCUGCACAGUUCUGCCCAAACUCCAAACAUCAAAUUUGCCUAAAUGUGGCAAAACGACUUUAAACCACAGAAGUAAACAGACACAUGAUCAACCAUAAACUUUUAAAAACAUUUUUUUAAAUGUUGUCACUCAUUACUUAUGCUACAACAUACAUAAAUAAUUUAUGAUCUCUGAACAUUCUGUUGUGUAGAAGUAUAAAUGCUUCUUCAUUUGGAUUUGUCCAGCACCCUGUCCAGAGAUGGUGACCAAAGGCUUAACUUUGACCCCAACUAGCUUGGGUUAAAUUUGGUUAAGAUUAUGCUAACAUCAACCAAAAACAAAACCCAAAACAAAACAAUGUACCUUAGUCUUGAAGUUUGUCAACAUACCUCGCUUUUGAGUGACCACCAUUUUGAAUUCAGUUAAGUUGGUUUCUAAGGUUUUCUGCUAAAUGAAACCAUUUCAUUGCCGAUGUGUGUUUUUCAUCUAAGUGAACCUAAAAAAAAAAAAAACCCAAAAGGUCUAAAACAGAACAUGUGCUCUGGUAUUUUCAUAGGAUGAUAGGAGUAUUAUGUUUAGUAGGACAUCAUACAAACAAAUGAAAGAAUUCAUUUUUAUUCAUAUGAAGAUUUUGGUGAUAUUUACUUUAUCAACGUCGACUAUGUCCUCUGUUAAAUACCUCAGAGCAUACGCCGUUGUUUUGUUUGUAGUAUAGCUGCUUCAAGGCACUGAAAGGACUGUCCUCCAGCUACUUUUGACCUCUGACCUCAAUGAGGAUAAGACGCAGAAAGACUCUCGAUUGAUUCCCUUUAAGUGAGUUUAGAAGUACGUUGAUGUUAAGAAAGCAGAGUGAGCAUAGAUUGUAAAAUGUGCAUUCAAACCCUGUGAAGUGUCUAUUUAAAGAUUUGUUAAUGUGAGCCAGUUUGGUCAUGAGAGAAGAUGUUGCUGCUAUUUAUUCAUUGUCAGAUCUGUUCAUCUACCUCUGCUAUGGUGUCUUGGGGGCUCAGUGGUUAAAGGUGUACAUCAUGUUAACUGACACGUUGAAUCAGACGAUAGCAUAUAACCUUUGUUGCAUGU